CAUUGGCGUAAAAGAUGCCCUUGUGGAACUAAUGGCUAAUCAAAUUCUCUGUUAGGAAUUCCACUCACUCCCGCGGCUAGCUACGUACGUACAAAACUGUAAAUACGGAAGUGAUUCCAUAAUGGCUAUGCAUGUACUGUAUUAUAGUUGCAAUUUUGCAUAGAUCCAGUUAUCAGCGGACCGUGAGAUCGAGACGCGACGUUGACCGGAUGAUCCAGCGUGGAGAAAGCCUGGAGUUCAUGUUGGAUACACUGGAUCUCCAAAUAAAUGGCAGCCAUAGCAUCAGGAUUCUGAGUAGAUCUGAGUUAGAAUUCUAAGUUAACUUAAGCAUCUGUAAGACUGUAAAUUGUCCUCGAAGUCCCUAGUGCUACCACGCAGCUGCGGCCGAGGCACAACUUGCUAUCUUCAUGAGAUGUGACUUAGCCUUCUAGUUCUAGGCGUUCCACUGCUAAAUUAAAAGAAUGAAUAUUAUGAAUGAUCUAAAUAUCCUGCCUGAUCCACCGGAGACCUGGCAAGCAAAGAUCAGCAGGCUCGUUCGAGAUGUUUUUCUCCCGUAUGCAGUUCCUUACGUCAUUCCAGCUUUUCUAAGUUGGAAAGUUUCGAGAAGUCUUCAUGUUGAUCCAAACGACAAGAUUUCCUCGUUGCAAGCUGAAAUCAGGAGGUUAAAAUUUGAAAUUGAAAACUUCCAUGGCCAUAUCACCGACACACAGCAAAAAGAAUACCAAAAGCAUAUUCAGAUGAAUCGGGACCUGGAUGCGAUAUCCAACAUGCUCGAAGAACGCCAGGAUAUCUACUGCAGUCCCUUCAAGCAUAAAGAAACAAGACUAAAACUGGAGAAGAAACUCCGAGAGUAUGUAGUCGAGCGCCCCUAUGAAAGGGAGUUGAAACUUUUCAGUGGCAUAGAAGAGAUACUGGAGAAAGAUUGCCAUUGCGGAGGAAACAGAAGUGAAAAUGGCUGCCUCAUGUGGGUAUAUAUGGAAUUGUGGAGGACAAGAGCACGGCUCAAUAUGCAAGAAAAUGUCAUCCUCAAAAUGAGAGCAUAUGAUCUAAAGGAGAAAAAAAAGUAAACUGAUGGAAUAAAGACAAAAAUCAUUUUUCUA